AUGCACCUGCCACCCAGCAGCACCUGCUCUGGGAUUGUCAAUGGUGGCAUGACCAUGACACUGUUCCCGAGCAGGUCGAACAAGCCCUGGCCUGGCCUCUGGAAGGAAGGCCUCAUCCUGGAAGACCCCGAUAUCUUCUAUGCCACGGAUGGCUCGCCCGGGUCCACCAACGAUCCUCGCGCCUGGAAGCUCACUUGGGCCGCCAUCGCUUUCAAACUUAAGGCUGAUGGCAUCGAGGUGGUCGCCUCGGCGGCCGGCCCAGUCCCGGCCGAACAGUUUGUUUUCCGUGCGGAGGCCUGCGCUCUCCUCUUUGUUGUUGAGCACACUGCCGGUGACAUUGAUGUCACUAUGGACGCCAAGAGCGUCAAGACCCGAGUGGAAAGGCGUUCCCUUGGCCGCACUUCGCUGGAUUUGGUCUACCCAAUCCGAGCACAGGCUGAGCGGCUUCACCUUCAUUGGAUUCGCAGCCACAAGACCCUUGAAUCUCACUGCCAGACCUUCGGCAGCCAAUCCGCCUGGAGAUGGCAUGCCAACCAGGCCGUCGACAAACUUGCUGGUGACCAUGCGAACCAAUCCCGCGACCGGCUUUGGGAGGGUCAGCUUGUGGCACGUGAUGCGGAUGCCAAAGUUGUCCUUGGUUUCCUGGCGGCUCGAGUUGCCACCCUUUUCGAGUACGACAAGGACCAAGGCCCGCAAGUCCAGUUCGAAGGAGAGGCCACUCCUGACAACCGCAAAGGCAGGGCUUCGGGCUUCAAACGGAAAAGCAAGAUCAUCCGGCGGGCAGCCACCAUGGAGAAGGCCAGCCCAGCCGAGCCCCCCAGCAGGGGCAGAGAGCCGGCUAGGGAGAAGGGCCCAGAACGGGGUCGCAGCAAGGGGAAGUCCCCGGCUAAGGGCAAGGGUCCAGACCCAGCCAAGGGCAAGGGUUCCACCCGGCCCAAAGGAAAGGACCCAAAAGGAGCACAACCUGGCCGGGGAAAAAGCCAGUCCCACAACCCGGCUGAGCACAGCAAGGGUGGAAAAGGAAGCCAGGACGCCGCCACUGGCAAAAAGCACAGGUCGAAGAGCUCAAAAGAGUACUCCCAGCGCCGGGCGGGGAAAAAACAACGGGCCGCUGGCCAGUACUACAGGUGGUCGCGUCCCUUGCAGGCGGAACAAGAGCAGCACCGCGACACCCCGCCCCCACCGGUGCCCAAGCGCCGUGGAGGGCGAAAGGAGGAGGAUGAGAAAAGUGCUGCCUCGUCGCCCAGGGCCAAGGAAAAGGCGGCUACAAAGGGCAAGGAGAAGCCUACCAAGGCCCCGGCCCACACGGCUGGCCAACGAAUGGCCGUCAAAUCCAAGGCCAAGCCCUCUCCUGAAGCCGAGGAGGCUUCGGGUUCCCCCGAGCCACUAGCGGCCUCUGCUCCCUCCAGCUCCCAGGCAGGGGUUCCCCCGCCUGCUGUGAACCUCACACGGGCGGCAAAAGAAAAGGAAUCCCCGGCCUUUGCUGAGGAAGAGAAGGGUUCCCCGGGUGGGAGGGCGCUUCCUGUUCCGGAUCUGGGUGUGAACAUGCAGUUCACUAUCCAGCUGAAGGAUGCCUCCAAGGAGGCGUGCUCAGGGCGCUACCUGCACGCUGCGUCUUUGGUGUACUUUGCACACCAGGACCGCCAAGGCGCGGAGCCGGGCUCCCCGCAGAAGGUUGCCACGGCCCUGGAAGUGCUUGGCUUAGGGGGUUCACGAGUGGUUUUCCGCUCGCCUUCCAACCCGGCCAAGUGCUGGAAGCUCUCCAAAAGGUCGCAGGAGGCAGAGCGUGACCUGUUCAAAGUCACCGGCCCCUGGACCCCGCGGCACACCAGGGCUUUGGGUGUGCACCGUGUUGUCGAGGAGGGCAAGGGCGGCACCUCCUUCUUCGCGUCUCUUUUGGAGACGGAACUCGUGGAUCCUCUCCCCAUGGUCAACCCGCCGCUGAUCUUCCAGAUCUUCCUAACGGUGUGCCAAGCGGCAAAAUUUGCUAACGUCCGUGACCUCGGACGGAAAAAUAUGGGCAGCAGGUCCAUGCCCCAGGGCAUGGGUGACCCGCCCAGGUAUGAAGUCCUGCUGUUGGACUCCAACGACUGGGAGGAGUAUGGUUCGCAAACCACCCCCCAUUGGCCGAACAAGCGAAGGGCCCAGGGCCUUUGGUCCACAGUGAGCUCUUUCUCACCUGAGUUGCUGGAGCCUUUGCAGCAGCUGGUGAAGCAGCACCAAGCCGACCUCCAGGCCCUGACCCAAGGGAUCUACAACCUUAUGGGGAAAACCCUGGUUAAAGGGGAGGCUGAGGAUGUGCUCGAGGCCCUGGUCUCGACACAGGCACUUGGGCUAUCUCCGGAAGGCCACAUCUGCCAAUAUGUGCUGAAGCAGGGUGGCCCCCACCCGCUUGUACCUGGCCAGACUUGGGAGCUCCACCCGCUGGAACAAUUCCAGCAGGGGAAGCUUCGCAAAGCCAGAACCUGA